CGGGGCCCGGCGCCGAGUGCGGCGGCCGCGUAGCGGACAUGGCGGGCUCGCGGCUCCCGAGGCAGCUCUUCCUCCAGGGCGUGGCCGUCGUCUUCGCGUUCGCCUUCGCGUCCCUCUACUUGCAGAUCCCGGGCCUGUAUGGUGCCGAGGGCAUCUUGCCUGCGCGGAGGACGCUGAGACCACAGGGCAAGGGGCGCUGGCAGCAGCUGUGGGAGACGCCGACGCUGCUGUGGGAGGCUCCGCAGCUGGGGCUGGACACGUCGCAGGGUCUGGAGCUGCUGACCCUGCUGGGCACCCUGCUGGCCCUGGGCGCCCUGCUGCUGCGCUGGCUGCGAAACGUCUUCGUCUACCUGCUGCUCUGGGCGGCCUACCUGUCUGCCUGCCAGGUGGGCCAGGUGUUUCUUUACUUCCAGUGGGAUUCCCUGCUGCUGGAGACUGGCUUCCUGGCGGUGCUGGUGGCCCCCCUGAGGCAGCCCCCCCACCAUAAGCAGGCCCCCAAGGGGGGGCUGGCAGGGACCUCACCCCACGAAGGCCUCCCCUUCUGGCUCGUGCGCUGGCUGCUGUUUCGCCUCAUGUUUGCCUCGGGUGUGGUCAAGCUGACCAGCCGUUGCCCCGCAUGGUGGGGGCUAACUGCCCUCACCUACCACUACGAAACACAGUGCCUGCCCACCCCUGCCUCCUGGUUCGCCCACCACCUGCCCGUCUGGCUGCACAGACUCUCCGUGGUGGCCACGUUCCUCAUCGAGAUCGCAGUGCCCCCUCUCUUCUUCGCCCCUGUGCGCCGCCUGCGCUUGGCCGCUUUCUACUCCCAGGUUUUGUUGCAAGUCCUGAUUAUCAUCACUGGCAACUACAACUUCUUCAAUCUGCUCACCCUGGUGCUCACCACCGCUCUUCUGGAUGACAGGCAUCUGACUGCCGAGUCUGGCGACAGCCACAGCCGAAGGAGACCCACAUCCUGGCCCAGGGCGCUGCUGGCUGUGCUAUCUCUGCUGUUGGAAUUGACCGUCUACGGGCUGCUGGCCUACGGCACCGUACACUACUUUGGCCUGGAAGUUGACUGGGAGCAGCAUGUUGUCCGCUCCAGAACCAGUGAGUGCCAGCCGGGGGGCCAGAGGACAAAGGCUGGACUGUUCCUCCUCACGUCCUUUUCUUUUUUUGCAGCCUUUACCUUCCACCAAUUUUCCCAGUGGCUGAAGAUGGUGACCCUGCCCACCAUGUGGCUGGGGGCGGCCUCCCUCACCUGGGAACUGCUGACGGCCCUCUGGAGGUGGACCCAGGUGCGAGGGUGGCUGAGGAAGUUCUGCACGGCGGCCCAGCUGCUCGUCUUUGGCACUGCCACGGUGGCCUUGUUUGUGAUCAGCCUGGUACCAUACUCCUACAUCGAGCCCUCGAGCCAUGGGCAUCUCUGGAGCGGGGCGCACCGGCUGUUUGGGGCCGUGGAGCACCUGCAGCUGGCAAACUCCUACGGCCUCUUCCGCCGGAUGACCGGUCUCGGCGGGCGGCCCGAAGUGGUACUGGAGGGCAGCUAUGACGGGCACCACUGGAUGGAGAUCGAGUUCAUGUACAAGCCCGGGAAUGUGAGUCGGCCGCCCCCCGUCGUGGUGCCCCACCAGCCCCGCCUCGAUUGGCAGAUGUGGUUCGCAGCCCUGGGCCCACACACUCACAGCCCCUGGUUCACGAGCCUGGUCCUGCGCCUGCUGCAGGGCAAGGACCCUGUGGUCCGUCUCAUCCAGAAUGAUGUGGCUAAGUACCCCUUCCACAAGCAGCCGCCCACCUACGUGCGGGCCCAGCGCUACAAGUACUGGUUCUCACAACCUGGGGAGCAGAGCCAGUGGUGGCGACGCCAGUGGGUGGAAGAAUUCUUCCCGCCAGUGUCGUUGGGGGACCCGACGCUGGACAUGCUGCUCCGACAGUUUGGCCUCCAGGACAAGAGCCCACCCCGAGCCCGCAGCUCCGGUAACACGCUGGCCCAGGCCCUCCGCUGGAUACGGAAACAGCUCUCUCCGCUGGAGGCUUCCACCCUGCUCUGGGGGCUCCUCACCGCGGUGGGGGCCAUUAGGGUCAUGCAGGCCCUGCUGGGGCCCCAUUCCCCCCACUCCUCCCCUCUGGCCAAGGAGGAGAAGCACAGGCCAGCUGCCAGGAAGGCGUCCGGAGCUGCCGGCAGACAGGCCGUCCCAGCCCCUGAGAACUGCAGCAGCGGCAGCUCCCAGAUUCCCAGGAGGAAAAAGUAGCUGCAUUCUGCAGCCCCGUGUCCAGAGAGGGUCAGGGUGCCCACACAUCUCUGGCCUUCUGUGGCAGGACACAGUCCAGCCAGUGUGCCUUAGCCGACCGCCGUGACAGGCGCGGGAUGGGUUGCUGUCUUCUCAGGCAGGUUUUGGCCGCCCUGCAGCUUGGAGGGCCCACUCACCCCAAGACACACGCCAACCCCAGCCUACCCCAGGCCUUGACCUGCAAGGCAGGCAUAUGACCCAGCUCAGGGUCUUCCCCGGGACAUUGUAACCAGGGCUAUGGGAAAACCUUUCCCCUCUUCAAGGAGCCAAGUCUGAUGCCCUGACUCACCCCUGCACAAGAGUGGGUGAGGCAGACCUGCUGAGGAAGCGAGGCAGGAGGAGGGUAGAUCCUGAGAUCCAGGAUCCAAUAAACGUGCCUCUGUGCCCGA